ACGAGCGCAGAACGAGUCUUGUCAAAAUGCUGAUAAUACGCAAUUGUAUGAGCAUUAUAAAUAGACAGAGAACGGGCGUCGCUUUAUUCGCAAAUGGAAACGCACAAAAUCGCUCUCAAAGUAGUACUAACGCUGAAGUUAAGGAACAAAGGGUAACAAGAGACGAUGUCGAGUGGCAAAAUGCUCGCUCCUUCGAUAGUAUUCCAGCCGCCAGUGGAUUAUCUCUUAUCUAUAACAUGGCGUUCCCUGGUGGAAAAUAUAAGAACAUGGACUUGACACAACUGGUAUUGGGUAUGCGUAACGACUACGGUGAAUUCUUUAGAAUGCCAAAAAUUUUCGGAAGCGAUGCCAUGGUGAUUACAUAUAAUCCAAAAGAUUUUGAAGCCGUCUAUCGGCAUGAAGGCAUAUGGCCGCACCGACCCGGCAGCGAUACUUUGAGGUAUCAUAGAGAGUCAUAUCGAAAAGACUUCUACAAAGGUGUAGAAGGUCUGAUUCCUAGUCAAGGAAAAUCCUGGGGCGAAUUUCGCAGUAUUGUGAAUCCAGUGCUGAUGCAGCCCAAGAAUGUGCGACUGUACUACAAGAAAAUGUCGCAAGUGAACUGUGAAUUUGUCGAACGGAUCAAGACCAUUCGAGAUGCGACUAAUCAAGAAGUGCCGCAUAACUUCAUUGAGGACAUUAAUCGAUGGACUUUGGAAUCUGUGUCUGUUGUGGCAUUAGAUAAACAGCUGGGCCUUCUCAAGGAAUCCGAUAAAAGCGACAAUGUUAUGUUGCUUUUUAAGAGCUUAGAUGAAUUUUUCACAUAUGCCGGCGACCUGGAAGUUAAACCUUCUUUAUGGCGUUAUGUUCAAACACCCAUGAAGAAAAAGCUAAUGAAUGCAUAUGAUAACAUACAGAAGGUGACGUUGGAGUUUGUAAAUGAGGCUCUGGUUCGUCUUGAGGCUGAAGAAAAUAAGGGAAUUGUUAGGGCAGAGAACGAAAAGAGUGUCCUCGAAAAGUUGCUGAAGAUAGACAAGAAGGUUGCCACAAUUAUGGCAAUGGACAUGUUGAUGGCUGGCGUUGAUACAACUUCGAGUACAUUUGCUGCUGCAAUGUUGUGCAUUGCGACUAAUCCAGUGAAGCAGGACAAGUUAAGGGAAGAGGUAAUGCGUGUGCUACCCAACAAAGACUCGGAAUUUACGGAAGAUUCUAUGAAAAACGUGCCUUACUUACGUGCCUGCAUUAAGGAAUCACAGCGAAUGUAUCCUCUUGUGAUAGGCCACGCCCGGACUACCAAUCGAGACUGUGUUCUCAGUGGUCACAAGGUGCCAGCAGGCACAUUUGUGUCGAUGAUGCCCUUGAGCAUGCUAAGUAAUGAUGAAUACUUUCCAAAAGCAUCAGAGUUUUUGCCUGAACGCUGGCUGCGAAGUGAUGCAUCCACGUCCAAAUGUCCGGCUAAUCCGUUAAAAACUACAAAUCCAUUUGUAUUUUUACCAUUCGGAUUUGGGCCUCGUAUGUGCGUGGGUAAGAGAAUUGUGGACAUGGAACUAGAGCUCGGUAUUGCUCGGAUUAUUCGAAACUUCAAGGUUGAGUUCAACCAUUCAAGAGAAAAUGCUUUUAGAUCAGUGCUGAUCAAUAAGCCUAAUAUUCCACUAAGAUUUAAGUUUACGGACUUGGACCAUUGAUGUGAUAUGUGAGUUUAAAAAUAAAAGUUUGUCUAUACAUAAAUAUAUUCAAUAAUACAAUGAUUAAAUAUUUAAAGUGAAAUAAUGUUAUGUCAAUGUGAUCUAUGAUAUUAUUACAAUUUAUGUAAAUUUAUAUGUUCA